CAGAUGGAGCAUCAUCCUCUGGGGGAGAUGAGCAGCGGCAGGUUUCCCGUGGAGGUGAAAGUAGUGGGCUUGCUGAAGCACAGAAAACAAAAGGUCUGGAUGCUUUUCGUCUCGUGGUCAGAUCAAAACAACAUUCUCAUCUACCGGGAGUUUGAAGAAUUUAAGAAACUCCAUAAAGUCUUGAAGAAAAAGUUCCCUAUUGAAAGUGGUCUCCUGAAGAAGUCCGACCGGACCAUCCCCAGGUUUCAAGAUGUAAAUGUGAUGCUGAAGAAGAACCAGAAGUUGAGCAGGUGCCGGGAGAGUCUGAUGUUGCUGGAGAUUUACUGUCAGGAGCUCCUGAAGACAAAAGCCAGGAUCUCCCAGGGAGAGGAUGUCAUCCAUUUUUUUGAAGCACAAAGCCGAGAUAUGGAUCCUUCUUUCCCAGAGAACAGCAUUGUGAUUUUGCCUUCUGAAAUGGGACCAGGGAAGAAAGAGACACCUUUGCCACCCAGCACAACCAUCACCCAGCCGGUCAUCUCCCAGAGUUAUAGGUGCAUUGAAGCCUAUGAGACCAAAGACACAAGCAACAGGCUCUUCAGAGCCACCAAGGGGGAAAUGCUUGAAGUCCUCACGAAAGACAGGACAGGAUGGUGGCUGGUGGAAAACCACUGGAAACAAAUUGCCUGGUUCCCAGCCCCGUACCUGGAGGAGACGGAGGAAGCAGCUGCCACUGAGGAGACAGAGGAGACAGGGAUGCUGUAUUAUGUCACACGGGCUUAUGAGGCCAAGAAGUCAGAUGAGCUGUCUGUGACGAUUGGGGUUGUGGUGGAAGUGCUGGAGAAAUCAGAUGAUGGAUGGUGGCUUGUUUGGUAUAAUGGGACUACAGGCUACGUCCCUUCCAUGUUCCUCCAGCCAUACAGAAACCCUCACAGCAAAUUCUUGGCUCUCGUCAAUAGCAGCCUGUGCUAUUCUAUGCCAAACCUAUCUCAAGCUACUAGUGCCUUGAGUAAGAGCUCCCCAAGCCAACAGAGAGGCUCCUGUGGGGGUGCUGCCCAGGUUCAUUCAACCAAUAGGAUGGUGGAAAUGCAAGAAGGCGACACCCCCCCAAGUAGAAGGAGAUCCCACUCUCUGAGUGUGUCUGUGGCCAUAGCCACAUCCGGGCUGGCAAGCGGGGUGGACUGCUUGUCUGACAGCUCAGGAAACGUGAGUGGACAGGGAUAUGACUGGCCCCAGAAUCCAGAGGUGAGGAACAGCACCUCUAUAGAGACCCUCCUCCUCUGUUCCUCAAGGAGUCAUGGCUGUCUCUCCCCGCCCCUAGAGAGCAAGCAUCGAAGCGACUCUGGCUUUGAGGAGCAACCGUUGGGCUCGUUUGAUACUUUGCUUCGCUCCUCAGUUUCUGAACCCCCUUCCGGUCAUCCAACGAUACCCCCACGCCCUCAGACCCAUGAAAUCCUCCAGAAUUGCACCACCAUCACCAGAAGAGCCCUGCAAGCGGCUCUGGCCAGGGCCAGCCCCACUGCAUCCUCUCAAGCCUGCCAAUGA